GUCGCUCUAACCACAUUUGGGCUUUAGCUCUCACUCACAAAACAAAACACACACACCACCGAGUUCACUCUAAACUCAAUACAAUACCAAGGCUCAAACUCGGUCCCUCCAAGCCAUGCAAGUGGUUUCGCAAGCUCGCAGACUCUCUAGGGCUUUCAAAUCUCCGAUUCUUCUCAACUCGGACCGAUUCUUCGCUCCCGAUUUCCGAUUCCUUGAAUCUCCUCUCACUUCUCUUCAAUGUCCAAACCACCACAGCUUCUCCUCUCUAACCCCCUGCUUUUCAGGGAUGAUUCAAAGCAAUCAUUUGCAAGUGGCACAACAGCCGAUGUAUUUGAUGAUGUCAAGGGCGUCUUUUGCUUCGGAGGCGAGUACAACCGAAAGAAAUCCCACAGAGGCUGUGAAGGAGCUUUAUGACAAAAUGCUUGAUUCUGUGGCUGUUAAAAGAACGAUGCCCCCUAAUGCUUGGUUGUGGUCGAUGCUUGAAAAUUGUAAAAACCAUGACGACAUUAAACUUCUAUUUGACAUUUUAGAGAACCUCCGAAGAUUUAGGCUUUCAAAUCUUCGUAUCCAUGACAAUUUUAAUUGCAAUCUGUGCCGAGAAAUUGCUAAGACAUGUGCUCGUGUAGGGGCCCUUGACUAUGGGAAGAAGGCCUUGUGGAAGCAUAAUGUGUAUGGCUUGACUCCUAGUAUUGGAUCUGCCCACCAUUUACUGCUGUAUGCUAAAAAUCACAACGAUGCUAAACUCAUGGUAGAAAUAAUGAAACUUCUGAAGAGGAAUGACUUACCACUGCAACCUGGUACAGCAGAUAUUGUUUUAAGCAUUUGUUACAACACGGAUAAUUGGGAGUUGAUGUCCAAGUACUCAAAAAGGUUUGUCAAGGCUGGAGUAAAAUUACGACAAACUGCAUUUGAUGUAUGGAUGGAAUUUGCUGCGAAAAUAGGGGAUACUGAGACACUAUGGAAAAUAGAGAAGUUGAGAUCUGAGUCAAUGAAGCAGCACUCUCUUGUGACUGGUUUUUCAUGCGCUAAGGGUUUCAUAUUAGAACAUAAGCCUGAGGAUGCUGCUGGCAUCAUUCAAGUCCUAAAUCAGACUUUAUCUGAUGCAAAGAAGUCAGGCAUCAUGGCUGAACUCCAAAAGCUGGUAAACGAGUGGCCUUUGGAGGUUAUCAAACGCCAAAAAGAAGAGGAUAGGAAGGCAUUAGCUACGUCUUUGAAAUCAGAUAUUCCUGCUAUGGUUAGUGGUCUAUUAGACAUGGGCUUAGAGGUGAGUGUAAAUGUUGAAGACCUAACCAGUAAAGAAGGUAUUCUGUAUUGAAGAAAAUUGGCGCUGAAUGUGAAGAUCUAAGCUCCUUGCACUCAUUGUAUCUUGUACCAGAGAGAUGACCAUGUGUUUCAGCCAAUACUGGUUGAGAAUGAGCACCUCAAUGAUUUCCUCUUUACAAAAGACACUUCUAAAGCCCUCAUUCGCAUCCUCUGACCAAGACAAAGAUCUUUAUUCUCUUUUUGGAUGUAAUUCUUUUGCGUCUCUACAAUUGUUGCCAUUCAUUUUUCUGUUACAUGCUCAUGCUGUAUAUUGUGGAUCCGCUGGUAGAUUGGUGCGGCAUAGUCAUAAAAUUUUGGUGAGUUUUGUUGAAAGGAGAAGGAUCAGAAUAUCUGAUUUAAUAAAACAAUCGUUGGGCGUCUGUUUCUAGGAACAGUUUUACACUGA